CAUCAAAAGCAGGGACGAAAAUAACAAGAAGCCUCGUUCGUUUCAAGAUUACUCGACUCGACGAUCGGAUCGACAACCCUUCGGACGCACGUCAAUCAUCGAUUUCGGUCAAUCUUGACCUUGACCCUUGGAUGAUCUUGUGCGGUGUCUGACGCGGAAUCGGCCAGCUCUCCCCUAGCUUGGAGUUUCCAUUCAUCCCUAUCCGCCCCUCCUCGCAGCUGCUAACAUCAAUUGGAACCCAUUUAUUCCUCCUUGUCCGACCGACCUAGUGGACACUGUGCAUUUAACACUGUUGGACCCCACUUGGCAGUAGUUUGCUCGUGAUUCCACCCGUCCUUCGAGCAAAAGUUGAUUAUCGAGCAUCCUUGGCAAGGAGGCUGUCGCCAUGGAGAAUUACCAGAAGAUCGAGAAAAUUGGAGAGGGAACCUACGGUGUCGUCUACAAGGCCCGUGAACUCACCCAUCCCAACCGUAUUGUUGCCCUGAAGAAAAUCCGACUUGAAGCGGAAGAUGAAGGUGUUCCGAGCACUGCCAUUCGUGAGAUCUCCCUUCUCAAGGAGAUGAGCGAUCCGAAUAUUGUACGACUCCUGAACAUUGUCCAUGCCGAUGGCCACAAACUCUAUCUUGUUUUUGAAUUUCUUGAUCUCGAUCUUAAGAAGUACAUGGAGGCUCUUCCUGUCAGCGAGGGUGGACGUGGAAAGGCGUUGCCCGAAGGUUCUGCGUUGAGCAAGAACAUGGGACUCGGAGAUGCUAUGGUCAAGAAGUUCAUGGCCCAAUUGGUGGAGGGAAUUCGUUAUUGCCACAGCCAUCGUAUUCUGCAUCGUGAUCUCAAGCCUCAAAAUCUGCUCAUUGACCGUGAUGGCAAUCUGAAACUGGCCGACUUUGGUCUGGCAAGAGCAUUCGGUGUCCCCCUGAGAACCUACACACACGAGGUUGUGACUCUCUGGUAUCGAUCUCCCGAAAUCCUGCUUGGUGGUCGUCAAUACUCUACUGGCGUCGAUAUGUGGUCCUGUGGUGCUAUUUUCGCCGAAAUGUGCACACGCAAGCCAUUGUUCCCUGGCGAUUCCGAGAUUGACGAGAUUUUCAAGAUCUUCAGACUCCUUGGUACUCCUGACGAAAACAUCUGGCCUGGCGUCACCUCAUUCCCUGACUACAAACCAACAUUCCCCAAGUGGAAGCGUCAAGAUCCCCAUACACUGGUCCCUGGCCUGGAGGAGGACGGUCUUGACCUUUUGGAAGCUCUACUAGAGUACGAUCCCGCCCGUCGAAUUUCCGCCAAACAGGCCUGCAUGCACCCAUAUUUUGCACACGGUACCGCUUAUUACUCGGGUCGCGGUCGGAGAAAUGGAUACCACUAACUGAAAACUUGUCACGAUUUUACCUCGUUCGUCUGUAAUGUAUGUAUGCAUCAGAGGCUGACAGAUACCGAAAACGCUGGAAGCCGUUGGCAACGCAGCUGACCUCGCUGACUUACUCGCCCUGCUGGCCUGUGACUCGUUACCAAUGUGUCGGGCGCUGCCUCUUCUUUCCUUUCAUCUUAUCUUUCUCUUUUAUUGGCUGCAAUUGUUGUUCUACGGCGUUAGUGUGGUGUGAUAAGGCAGGAAAGAGGUUAGGUUAUGUGACAAUCCGUCACCAUGUUCCCCGCGGACCUCCUUACACAGAGCUUUCUGCCCAUCUUGACCACUUACCUCUCCAGGGCUGUUUGGAUUGUUUGCACUGUUCUACCCUCUGUUUAUAUAUCUCCCUACUAUGUACAUACUUCUUCCCCCUCUUCUCUAUGCUUAGUUUUCUAUCAAAAUACUAC